AAGCUAUUUUCUUUCUUUUUUUAUCUCUCUCUCACUCAUUCACUCUUUUAUCCAUUUCUGAUUGAUUAAAAUUUGAAGUUGCAGCCAACAAUAGCUUCCAGUCUUCUCAAGUUGGAUUUCUUCAGGUAUAAAGUUGUCAAAGACUUAAUCUUGACCCCUUCUGAAAUUAAUCCUUCAUUUAUUUCUCUGGGGCAAAAAGCUUCAGUUUUGCCUCUAAUGGAAGUAGAGAAUCAGAAUCCAAUUAACGGCAACGACGUAGCUUCGUCUUCCACAUUCAGAUGGAGGAUUGAGAAUGUGUCUAAAUUGGAUGAGGAAAAUCAUUUCUCUCCAAUUUUCAUUAUAGGUCCUCAUAAAUGGCGAUUAGUGGCUUUUCAUAGGAAAUGCAACGUCAACGAUUACUUAUCGGUCUAUGUGGUUGCUGUCGAAUGUAAGAAUUCGCGAUAUGCAAAAUUCAGUUUGGCUGUGAUAGAUCAAACUAAUAACGAGAACACGUUGAGAAAAGAUACAGAAGGCGAGGUGUUCCAGUUCACCGACGAUGAAAAUGAUUGGGGUUUUGAUGAGUUCAUACAGUUAAAGGAACUCAAAGAUGCUAACAAUGGGUAUAUCGUGAAUGAUGUUUGUAUUAUAGAAGCUGAAUUAUUUAUAGCCUCCACACAAGAAUCUAAAGAGAAGCUAUUGCCCGAUGAAAUCAUGGAAUCCGAUGAGGAGAAAGAUCCAAUUACCUUAGUAGCUAGUACUUCAUGUCUGGAUAACGCCUCAGCAUUUAUCUGUGCAUUUUGCCAAACCUCUAAAGUAUCGGAGGAUUCUGGGUCAAUGUUGCGUUUUGCCAAUGGAAAAGAAGUAGAGGAGGAUAAGGUAUCUGGACCAAAUGUCAUACAUGUUCACCAUAAAUGCUUAAUGUGGGCGCCUCAAGUGUAUUAUGUUGGUGAGACUCUUAAGAACUUGGAGCUGGAGGUGGUAAGGGGUUCUAAGCUCAAAUGUAGUUGUUGCGGGUUAAAGGGCGCAGCUCUUGGAUGCUUCGAGCAGUCCUGCAAGAAUACAUAUCAUUUUCCUUGUGCAUUCGGGACUUCCGAUUGCCGGUGGUAUAAUGAAGGUUAUCUAAUUUUAUGUCCCAGCCAUUCUGAUAUGAAAUUUCCACAUGAGAAAACAAAAAAGGGAAACAAGCUAGCACAGGACAAUUCUUCAGCAGUUCACAGAAAGAGUUGGCAAGCAACAGCUAGUGCUACUAGUAAACUGGUUCUCUGCGGGUCUUCCCUUUCAGCAGAAGAGAAGCAUCUGUUGGCCAACUUUGCUAAAAUAUCCGGUGUAACCAUUUCUGAAAACAUGAAGCCAGAUGUGACCCAUUUGAUUGCAUCUACUGAUGAGAAGGGUGCUUGCCGCCGCACUUUUAGAUUCCUCAAGGCCAUCUUAGAUGGGAAAUGGGUUCUCAACAUAGAUUGGAUCAAAGCAUGCACAGAAGAUAUGGAUCUUGUCGAUGAAGAGCCUUAUGAAGUUGAACUUGAUAUUGAUGGAUGUCGUGAUGGGCCACGGAAUGGUAGACUUCGAGCCAGUAAAGGGGCGCCAAAACUGUUCAAUGGCCUACACUUCUAUUUCACUGGCGAGUUUGUUCCUUUAUAUAAAAAAACCCUUGAAGGACUAGUCGUUUAUGCCGGAGCUAGAGUAUUGACAAAAAAUUCUUUACUCUCACGGAGUGAUGAUGAAGGAGAUUGUUCUUCAACGACCUUGAUUGUUUACGACUUUGAUGAGGAAGUGUCAUUUACGGUUCUUCUGGAAAAGCGCAGAGAAGCAGAAGAUCUUGCCAAGCAAUCUAGAUCUGUUGUUAUCGGGCAUACAUGGAUAUUAGAAUCACUAGCAGCAUUAAAGUUAGAACCACUUCCUCGACUGACAUGACCUGUAAAUUGAUGAAUGUUGGUAGUGUAAAAAAAAUUACAGGAAAAUUUUACGGAAGCUGUUAUUUUUCUCAUUUUACUUACUGUAUGCUGUCGUAAAAUGGUAAUAUAUCUCUUCCUGGUUUAUGCGCAUAGUUCUGUUGGUUUGCAGUCUA